AUGGCGACGCCCUCGUUCAUCAUGCCGACGAAGCAGCCCUCGCGCAGGCCCAGCAGCCUGGCGACGCUGGCGAGCACGACCACGACGUCGGCGAUGACAGCGGCGAGGGCCUGUGGCGGAGGCGGCGGCGGCCUUCUCCAUUGGACGGCUCCCAGGUUCCUGGGGUGGAAGGUAAAUGGAACACCGUCCACCCCGGUCGGGGCGUUCCGCGCGGGCGACCGGUGCAGGGUGCUGCCGCGGUGCGGGCACCGGUUCCACGCGGAGUGCGUGGACUCGUGGCUGCGCAAGAGCCGGCGGUGCUACGUCUGCCGCGCCGAGGCGGUCCUGCAGCGCAAGCACGCCGGCGCGGUGGCCGAGGCCGCCACCACCGUGGAGGUCGUUACUGAAAGUGGACGGUAG